AAGGGACCGUCCAGGGGAGUUCCGCUCCUUUUGUACAUUGUGUAUGACGUACGAGAGUGAUAUGUGAUGCAAAUGUCGCUCGUGUGAUAUUCGCAAAAAAAGGGCCUAAAGUGUUUGGGUUAUCGGUACUGUAAUCUGUUGGGCAACUACAAAAAGCCGGGAUGGAGGAAUUGGAAGGGAUAAAAAAGGGCAACUCGUAGCGUUUUGCACAAGAAUCGGGCAUGCUCGGUGUGUAUAUUGCUCUCGCAGUUUCUCGCAUUGCCUGUCUCGAGCCCGCACACUCUUUCCGUGUCUCUCUCUGUGCUUGUUCCUCAACUGCGCAACACGACCGGAUAAACUGCGGUAACCAGAAUCUACGCAAUACGAAACUAUCGGAAGCAUUGCAAUACUCUUAAUUACACACAUACACGCACACACAACUGCAAACGACUACGAGCAAUUGGAGCUGCGCUUCACCUUUUGUCUCUUCCCCGCACCUUUUGGCCCAAUCCUUUUUCCUCCACCCCUUUGGGACACCCUGUGCAUAGCGUGACUUGUCAAAGACGCGCUUUUAUAUAAAGACCGAAAUCCCUCCUCCCCCCGCCCCCCUUUUCAGCGUAUUUAGCUUCAGCUUACGCUUAACAAUCGUAACCCGUUCGCCAUGCCAGCGAUCGACGUUUCCAUGCCUAUAGCAAUGGCGUGCUCACCAGCAACACCCGGCGGUGACACAGCUGCGUACAGAAGACGUUUCUCCAUUAUUGGGAGCUUGGGAAAAUCUCUCGGCACCAGUCUUGGCCGCUCUUUUACAGGGAGCUUUGGUCGCAACAGUUAUACAAGAGAAGGAUUUUUAGAUGUUUACAACUUUCAAUUUGGCGCACGGUCUCCCGUGGUUGCUGCAUCGCCAGCACACGAGCUGGCGCACUUUGCCGGACUUGAAGACCGGUUCUGCAAAGACUUUUUCUGCUGUGGCAUGAACCUAGGAAACCUGCAUGAUCUGCUACAACAUUUUGAAGAGUGCCAUGUCCGCGUCGAAUCCGAUGUCGACGAGGACGAGGAUCUCCCUUUUGAGUUUGAGAGUAUGGACGAGAUGGACACGGACAUGAGCGACGGCGACAGCGUUUCCUCACAUCCCACCACCUUUUCCGACAUUUACCUCAAAUCCCAGCUCUUGCAAUCCCAAACCAACCCAACACAAGCAGUCGCCUUGUCUGACAUCUUUUCCGAAGAUUACCGAAUUAGCAAUCGAUCCGGUUCGACUGCAUCUGCCUUUGACACAUCAGUGAUACGUAAACGCGUCACCUCUGGCCCCACCUCUACCCGGGUCAAAAAAGUCAAACCUGCACAGCAGCCAGAGCAACAACCCACGCUGCCGUUUAGCGUAGACGGACCGACUCAGAUGGUUAGCGAUAUGGACAUUGACGAGCCACCAGUUGCGCCGUCGCCAUCGGUCGUGCAAACACCUUCCCCAGCUCCGACACCAGCUCCUGCUGCCGCUCCUUCCCCAUCUCCAGCGCCCGUCUCGAUGCCACAAUCCCUCUGUCCUCCCUCCCUUCCUGCUGCACUUAACCUCCAACCCCUCCAUCUACCCACCGCCGCCUCGCUUGCUCUCCCCAACUUUGAUACUCCCGUUAUCGCCCCUGCAGCAGCUGGACAAACACCGAUGUCUUACGAUGCAAUGGCCAUGGUGACAGACGAUUCCCAAAAGGACGAUCGCCCAUACAAGUGCAAGGUGAUGGGCUGCACCAAGGCGUACAAGAAUCCCGGUGGUCUCAAAUACCACAUGCAGCACGGACACUGUGAGGACACUGGGGACCCAGAAAUGAACAAUAUCAUUCACAAACCAUACCAAUGCACUGUUCCUGAUUGUGGAAAACGGUACAAAAAUCUUAAUGGUCUCAAGUAUCACAUUGAGCACGCGCAUAUUUCAUUACUCGGAGCCUGCUAAGAUCAUACGACCCAUUAUACCAUCUUUUAAAGGGAUAACACUUUUUUUGGGCCUUUUGAAAACGAACGUGAUUUCUUGUAGAUGGCUUUGAAGGUUACCUGUUUCCUUUAUUUACCUGCCAUCCACGGUCCGUUCCGUAUGAAAACAGGAAUCUGGUAAUGAUGGACGCACGGAGGAAGCAGGGACCAUGCAUAGAUUUGGGUUCCGUUUUUUUUUGCGGGUUGAGGUGGUUUAUAUCAUAUCUAUAUUUUGUUGGGACAUUUUCUUUCUUCUUUUUUUUUGCAAUAUCUGUAUAUUUAUACAUAUCAUUUCUCGUCAAAUUCCUGUUCCCUUUUUAUUGGUUCGUGAAUUGAUAGGCCCGCUGUGAUCACUGCAGCGGCCAUUGUAGUUUUCUGAACAGCGUUUGUUGUCUGUGCGUUGAAAAGAC